AUGGGUUGGAAUGCGGUGAGUGUGCAAGAAGGCGUUGAGAGCCAUAUUACUGAGGAGAAGACAGAAAUGCAUCUUGAGGAGCCGAAGAGGAUAUUCGUGGAAGAGAUGAAGAGAAGAGCCGAGGAGGAGAAGAGGAGGCGGCAUCGCCAGCGAGAGCAGAUAUAUGCCGACAACCUGGAUAUUCUUAUGCGAGAGACGGGCAACAACAUUAGCUCCAUUUCGAUGCCGACUCGUUUACCCAUUGACAGCUAUGACGUCUAUUGCGAAAAGCUUGAAGGCCAGUGGAAAAAGCACGACUUUACAAUCGACAUCGAAAAAACGGCUACACCCGGGCUUUUGGAAGCUGCCUUUGACUUCGGGGUCGUGGAGGGGAUUAUGAUCAUCUGUGGCAGUCAAUCUAGACUGAAAGAAUGUCGCGAUCGAGCAUAUCGUGGAAAAAACCCUUAUCAGUACCCUUUUCCGGAGGUAAAUGACGAUCUUAGCAAUGCUUUCUCUUCUUCGUCAUCAGGUUCAUCCUCAAACCCGUCCGGUGGUGAUAGCGGCGUUUCGAACGGAAAACACCAUCAACCUGGUUCCAAGAGAAAAUCAGAAGAUGAACGACCGACCACGGAGAUAAAGGGAGCUAAGAAAGGACAAGGACUACCUUACAAGUAUCCUCUGAUGCUCAGAUGCCGCGAGAUGUAUCAACAAGAGAUACUAUACAAUCCCGAGAUGGGCAAGACCAUGUUCAAAGACGGCAACUUCGAUUGUUUUACUGGAAUUGUGAACUUGCCUGACGACUUUGGAAGAAAUGUUGUCUUCUAUGCACUCAAAGUUUCCCACGAACCUCAAUCUUUCAAUAAGCAGUGGUCGGAUUAUUCGGAAGAGCAGUGGGAGUUCGAGUGUCGUGAUAGAUAUCGACGGAGGUGA